UAAGCUAGACCGACCUCCUCGGUACAAUGGACAACUCCCCAACCUCCCUGUUCGACACGUACGAAGCAGACUUUGAUCAGAUCGUAGCCAGCAUCCGCACAAAGCUCGAUGGCGACAGCCCAGAACAAUCGGGUGAACAGCGCAAGGCGGCCUUACGUCGUGUCGAGAUGGAGCUCGACGAGGCGGAUGAAAUGGUAGCGCAAAUGGAGAUCGAGCUCCAAGGGAUGCCCCAGAGCAUUAAACAACCUUACGCGAACCGGCGGAACACCGCCAAGUCCACACUCUCCUCCCUCAAGACACGCGCACGCACGUUGCAUGCUACAGUACAACGCGCUGCGCUACUUUCGUCUACCUCUGACGCUGCAGGCUCGCCGUUCCGGGACUCUACGGAUGAACUGCCUGGUGGAGGGAUCUCAAGUGAUCGAACACGCUUGCUGAAAGGAACCCAGUUACUGGAGGGUGGAAGUCAGAGAUUGCAAGAUGCACAUCGUGUUGCGUUGGAGACGGAAGACCAGGGCGCGGAUAUCCUGAGGGAUUUGAGAAGACAGAGAGAGCAGAUUGAGAACUCUAGGAAUACCUUGCAAACAGCAGACAGCGCUAUUGACCGUGCGUCUGGAACACUGAAGAGGAUGAUCCGACGGAUGUACCAACAGCGUGCAGUCACAGCAGCAAUUAUUAUCGUCCUCAUUGUCCUCAUCGUCGUCAUCCUCUGGUUUAAGCUCUCUUAGUACAAUUGCCCCCUUCAUCCCGUUACAAGUUCCACUGGGCAUUUUAAUUUUUGUUAAAUUUGUUUUUUUUACCCUUUAAAUUCUUAUUAUUACGCAACUGGAUACCAUACCGCCACCGGACUCGCUUCUCUCCUUAUUAUACAUUUAUACGUCCGUUCCCUCCUUCGAACUUAUAUUCCUACAGUGUACCAUUCUUUCGUUUUCGUUUUCCUUGCUAUCAAUACAGGUUACAGUACUCUUC